UCCUGUCAUUGGGGGUUUCAACUGAUGUAACUUUAUAUUUCAUUAGUUUAAAUUGAGAAAAUAAACUGGAGAAAAAGAAAACAUAGGAAUACAUAGUUAUUAAUCUGAUUUUAAAUUUGCACGUGGCACUACCUCAAUGGUGGAUACUGGGACCACGUGUUUGGCUCUCUGGAAUAUGAGAGAAAAUAUGAAAAUUAAACACACGUAACUUUAAAAACCCUAUGGGAUACCUGUUGCUUUAUUGGUUUAUGUAUAAGGGAUCCGGUCAUUCGGAUCAUCAUAUUAACCAAUGUGAUUGCGGGUGGCAAAUUGGAAGGAUUUCAAAAGCCCUAGCUUUUCCCUUCCGUAUCGCGUUCCCCACACGUUUCCCCUUUCCUGGGCCGUUCUGCCUCCUUUCGACGCCUCGCCGCGAUCAAUUCCCUAGUUGAAGGCGGACGCGGAGCCACGAGGGGAACAGGCGGCUCCGGGGCCGAAUGCUCGAUGGGGCAGAAGCCCUCAUGGUUUCUUCCCCCUACGAUCAACCUCAACUUCCUCCACUCUCACCUCGGCACCUUCCUCCCCACCGCCUCACUCUCCUCCGCCUCACCCGCUACCCCCCAAUUCAACCCUCUCCCCUCCCCUCCCCUUCCCCAUGCCGAGAUACAUCAAUACAAGCUCUACUUCCCACGGUCAAUGGUCGAAUGCCUGACGAGCUGUCUCCGCUUGGUUCUACCGCCUCGGUCGCAGCCCGAUUCCGCCCUCGCGGUUUCUCCGGCUCCGAUCUUGCAGCGUCCGAGGCCUCGGCGGAUUUCGUCGGAGCGCGGCUGCGCAGUCCCGCUUUUCAGGCCGUAUGUCGCCUCCGUGCCCUGGCAUGGGGGUGUGCGGGGAUUCUUCUCGCAGCUGUUCCCACGGUACGGCCGCUACUGCGGUCCUAAUUGGUCCAGCGGCAAGGAUGGCGGUUCUAUGCUGUGGGAUCAGAGGCCCGUUGAUUGGCUCGACUUCUGUUGCUACUGUCAUGAUAUCGGCUACGACUCUUACGAUCAGGCGAAAUUGCUGAAGGCGGACCUCGCCUUCCUGGAAUGCCUGGAGCAGCCGAGGAUGGCCUCGAAAGGUGGAGGUGCUCCAGCUGCAAUCAUCUACCGAGCUAUGUGCAUUGCAGGGCUGAGGACCAUAUUGAUACCUUAUAGGAUGCACCUAGUUAGACUGCAAUCUGGGCCAUCAUUCUUGGAUGCGUUCAACAACUUGAUAAAUAAAUCGAGUUCAUCUACCAAUAAUGAGGCUACAAAGUGCACAGAAAUGUUGUGAAACCAAAAGGGAUAUUUUGAUGUUGACCGAGUUGGUCUCUGAAAUCAUACUCCCCUUUUUUGCCCUUAUCUGUGCAGUUGCAUUGGCAGAGUACAUGCUUAUUAUAUUAUGAAUCCACAUGCAUGUUGGUCACGUAUUCUUCAUUAGACAAUCCUUUUUUUUCUUGUUUGUGUAGUAAUUUUGAAAAGGCAUGACAUUUGCAAUAUGAAGUUUGUUCAAGACAUUUGCAAAGAACAUUGUUCCUUCUAUAAAUUUUCUUUUAAGUAGAUA